AUAUUGGUUGCUUCAUAGCAUUGUAUAUAAACGUUGAAAUAGUCCGAAUAGGAUGUGUUCAGUCGUUCUGUUACAUAGAGAGAUGUCAUAACAAAAGAUAAAUACAACAAUUAUCUUACAUUUUUAUAUUUCUAUUUUAUACAUUAUAUUAAAUUAAAGUUAUAAAUGUAUAAUGCAUCAUUGAAUUAUCUAAAGACAAUAUUUAGAGUAUUACGUGUGUUGUUUUUUUAUCGAUCGUAGAAACGGAUGAAAGGUCAAGUUAUUUAGAAUGUAUCUUUUUACCAUCUCAAAGAAAUUACAGCAAUGUCAAAGAAAAGUGGUAGUAAAAUGUUGGUACAUCAAUUAUCUACCGUUUUACCAGACGAUAGACCAAUAACUGCCAUUAAUAUUAUUGAAGAUGUAGAAAAAUGUCCACCAAAUUUUACAGUAGUUUCCAGAACAUACGAUCAAGACACUGAUGCAGAUUUAUGGAGAGAGACUGGAUUGUUUAUUAAAAAGAAAGGUAGAUAUAUCUGCUUUUCCAAGACGGAAGGUUUACCCCAUUACAUAGUGGAAGAUAUUACCAUUAUCAAUGAACGAGAAGUGCCACCAGAAGGAUACAGUAUUAUCUCCCAUACCAUAGAUUCCAUGCAGAAGGCAUGGAGGAAAAAACAAUUGUGCUAUAAAAUUAAAUACAAGGAUUUGUGUUCUAAAGCUGUGACAGAUAUAAUUAUAUGUAGUAGAAUUGUAAAUAAAGCGUCUAAAAUGGCACCCAAUGGUUUUGCUGCAGCCGGCGUAAUAAAUGGAGUAUGCGUUUGUUACAAAACUGUGGAUAUAACGAAUGGACAACCAAAUUCUCAAUCGUAUAUUAAUAUAGAUAAACUAUUAAUGCAAAAUGCUUCUCCUAAUCCUUCCAAUGGAACGCCUCACCGAGCACCACCAGAGAGACCGCCCAAACCCAAGUUUUCUCCAAAACCAAAUAAUGGUAUUUAUUCUCAAAUUGGAGCAGCUCUAGUUGGAAAGGAUACAGACGAAUCCAAUGAUAGGGAUUACGAAGUGUUAAGUCCUAGUGCGAGAUUGAGGCCUACGAGACCAGCUCCUCAACCUCCUACCACUUCAGUCAUCGGUUCCACUCCAAUUUAUGGUACACUGCCAGGUUCUUCCGAUUUAGAUGGAGUCCCAUUUAUUCUCAAUCCUCGUCUUAAUUUGAAUUCUGAUUCUGCCAUAUAUAAAUUUCCUACAAUCAAAAUGUGGACGCAAAAAGAUUUGGACAAAGAGUUUUGCUACGAUUUUCGUGCAGAAAGAGAAACUUGAAAAUACCAAUGUGCCAAAUUAUUUGUAUGAUAAGGUCAUACAUUUUUUCGUUGUCUAUUCAUCCGUACUGACUAUAUAGUACUAGCCGAGUGUAAUAGAGUGCCUGAAUGAGUGAUUUAUAUUAAUUUUCAACCAAGGAAUAUCAGUUUAUGCAUUCUUUAUGGUAAGAUGUAUGAAUUAACAAACAUUUCUCU